UUGAUGCAGUUUAUCUAAGAUAGAUUCAGAAAUCAGUUUAUCAUUACGAAGCAUUAAAGCUCAACGUUACAAUGCCACUUUUAAAGUUUUUUGCAACUAUUCUGUUGCUUUCAUUUGUUCUGGUAGAAUGUGCUACUAUGGUGGCUCCAAGGAGAGAAAAGGACAUUGAGGAGGAUUCUUCUCCUGAAGUCGCAUCUGUAAAACCAAUAAAUGAUGAUAAACACCCAAUUCAUGAACCGAGUUUGCAAGCGAUGAAUAAUGAAGUCGUCAUGAAGGUGCCAUUCGAUUGGCUAACGGACAAGCUCUGGGAAGGCGCAAAAAGCAUUGGAAGUUUUAUGUUUGGACACGAUCCUGAAGCCACUGUAAAAGAAACAUGCACAACAUGCAGCCCCAACUGGAAACCGCAAAAUGAAAAAUCCAACAAGCUUUUCUGAUUUCAUCCACAUGGCGGAAAAACUUUAUGCUCGCCUUACAUGCAGGGUCGAAUGUCACAGUUUAAAAAAUUAAAAAAUU